UAAGGGGGCUAACAUCCUUCUGACAGAGCGGGGGGACGUCAAACUUGCGGAUUUUGGUGUUGCUGCUGAGAUCAGUGCCUCUGUGGCAAAAAGGAAGUCCUUCAUCGGAACACCCUACUGGAUGGCGCCCGAGGUGGCUGCUGUGGAGAAGAAGGGCGGAUAUAAUCACCUGUGUGACAUCUGGGCAGUGGGCAUCACAGCCAUCGAGCUGGCAGAGCUGCAGCCGCCCAUGUUCGACCUGCACCCUAUGAGAGCCCUGAUGUUGAUGUCAAAGAGCAACUUUCAGCCACCUAAACUCAAAGACAGAACUAAGUGGUCGGCAGGGUUUCAUAGCUUUGUGAAGAUGUCACUGAACAAAAAUCCACGCAAGAGACCCACAGCAGAGAGACUUCUGGAGUUUCUUUUAGCAGAGAAGGAAUAUGAGAAAAUGAACCAUUUAGUCAAGGAAGUGAUUCCGACUUUUAUUUAUCAGACAUGGUCGCCAACCCAGAGCUGCAUGCCCCGCCAGCCCAGGACGAGAAUGACGUGGAUGUGAGUAUGGCUGCUCUGUCUACUGGGCUUCAGUGUCUCCCCAUGCUCACCCCCACACUUUUCUUAUCUUCAGACCUGAAUGAACUACUGUUACCUGGGAUA